AGACCCUUCCAGAUGGGCAAGGUCUCCAUCUAUCAGUGUGACAUGGUAAUAACCCUAUCUGACCGCGGCUCUUUAUAAAGAAAAACUGUUUUCCCCACCAUGUCGUCGUGGUUGAUCACUUUUGUCGCUCUCGUGCCGGUCCUUCUCGUGGGAUUGUCCGUUUUGCGUUCCACUGUGCUGUCCAAAUAUCUUGACGAACAACCGGCCAGGCCGAAGGAAGAGCCAGAAUGAGCGCAGCAGACCAAGACCACAUCGCCGCCGCACAUUCUGUGGACGACCACAGAGCGACUGAUCAGACUCACAAUGACGUUCCCGCCCACGGGCAUAACCCUUCGAAGCAAACUGGUGUUGACAAGAAUCCGGACUUGACGCUGCGUUACUCUCAUGAACACCAGCAUAACCACUUACACCACAAUCGGGCUUCAAUGGCCGGUCGCCACGAUGAAGUCCUCUACGCGGAGGGCACUACUUACGAUAAAUCCAACAUUGGCGAAAAGGGUCCCCAAGACUACAGUACGCAUCACCUGAGGACCGGACCGGUCAACGAGAAAGACUUUGUCGCAAUGGAGGCAGGGAAAGCAACGAUCGAAGGCCCAACAGCGACGAAUGUCUCCGAGGACGAAGGCCGGACUCACCGCGUUUCCAGGAUGUAUGCGAAGAACAAGAUCUUUGUGCAUCUGUUCGUCUGGCUUCUUUUCACCGGAUGGUGGAUCGCCGGACUUAUCCUGCACCGACACGACUACGGCUGGCUGAUCCCUUUCCUGCUGUACCUCGCCAUCACUUUGCGCAUAAUCUUCUUCUGGGCGCCCAUCACCAUCGUCACGCGACCUAUGCACUUUGUCUGGAAUAACACAGGUGUGCGCGUGUACCAGGCUCUGCCGGAGCGCACACGCACCCCUCUUGCAGCGCUCGUGGCCAUCGCAGUGAUCCUCGUCGGCACAUUCGUGUCCCCCGAGUCCCAAGACAACACGCGCGGCAACCGGGCUAUAUCGUUGCUAGGCUUGGCGAUCAUGUUGGUGGUAUUGUACGCGACGUCGCGCGACCGCUCCAAGAUCCGUUGGCACACUGUCAUCGGCGGGAUGUUGACGCAGUUUGUGAUUGCCGUGUUCGUGUUGAGGACUGGAGCCGGGUACGACAUUUUCAACUUCAUUUCCGGUCUGGCGAGGGAUCUGCUGGGUUUCGCGAACCAGGGAACUGAAUUUCUCACCGCGGCGUCGGUGCUGAAAUUGGGUUGGUUCUUGACUGGAGUGGUGCCGCCGAUCAUUUUCUUCGUGUCGCUUGUCCAGCUGCUGUACUAUUUCGGCGUGUUGCAGUGGUUCAUCGGCAAAUUCGCCGUCUUCUUCUUCUGGUCUUUGCGCGUGUCAGGCGCGGAGGCGGUCGUCGCUGCUGCGUCCCCGUUCAUCGGCCAGGGUGAGUCGGCAAUGCUGGUGAGGCCGUUUGUGCCGCACUUGACGCUCGCCGAGAUCCAUCAGGUCAUGACGUGCGGGUUUGCUACUAUCUCGGGAUCAGUGCUAGUCGCAUAUAUCAGUCUCGGACUGAAUGCCCAGGCUAUGGUGUCAAGUUGUAUUAUGUCGAUUCCCGCGUCAUUGGCUGUAUCGAAGAUGAGGUAUCCGGAGACAGAGGAGACAAUUACUUCCGGGCGGUGCGUGGUGCCGGACGAUGAUGAGCAUCGCGCGACGAAUGCUCUGCAUGCGUUUGCGAACGGCGCAUGGCUUGGUAUCAAGAUCGCGGGAAUGAUCGUUGCGACGCUGCUUUGUAUCAUUGCGCUGAUCGGGCUGAUUAAUGGGUUGCUGGGGUGGUGGGGAAAGUAUAUCAACAUCACGCAGGACGGCGAAGCCUAUCUCACGCUGCAGUUGAUUCUGGGGUACAUUUGUUAUCCUGUCGCGUUCCUGCUCGGCGUGCCCCGGGACGAUUUACUGCAAGUCGCCCAGCUUAUCGGCAUCAAGGUUAUCGCCAAUGAGUUUGUUGCGUAUAACAGUCUUACCAGUGAGGCUGAGUAUAUCAAUAUGAGUCCGCGGUCGAAGUUAAUUGCUACUUAUGCUCUUUGCGGGUUUGGAAACUUUGGUUCCUUGGGUACCCAGAUUGGCGUGUUGUCACAAAUUGCGCCGUCGAGGGCAGGUGAUGUCUCGAAGGUGGCUUUGUCGGCGCUGUUCUCAGGGGUCUUGUCGACACUGACUUCGGCUUCAAUUGCUGGUCUUUUGGUCACGGAUCAGACUACCCUGUCGCAAAGUACUUAGACUGGAUGACCGAAGGCGCUAAGAUGUGCAUUGGGACCUUGAGUCUUAGUCGGUAGAGUCAUGCCGUUCUUGCUACACAGCAGAGGCCGGAAUCCGAAUGUCAUUCCAAACAGUCUAGUUAAUUGACGUGACGUGCUGGACAGUAGCAGAAUACAGGCUCCACUGUGCAGCGCGUCUUGAACAUCGGCUUUACGCGUGCUCAGUUGGAAUUCAUACUCAAUCAUCAAGUAAUA